UUUCAGCAAAAAGCUAAUGUUCAAGGUCAUAUAGACAGUUGACUGCUAAUUAAUUCCCCAUAUCAACUUCAUAUGGUCGUAUUAUAGCAGUUGUGUUUACAGUUUGCUUCUGCUGCUCAGAGUGGCCAAAAAGUCCAUUAGUAUGUGUUUAAUGGUGCUUUGAAAGUUACAGCCACUUUAACAUCAAAUUAACUUUCAGUUAAUAUUUGUGGAUGUCUGAUGAAAGCGUCUGUUGUUAAUUUGACAGGAAUCCAUAUAUCAUUUGGAGAUAUUUUUAACACCGGCUGUGCAUUUUCUCUGUUUUUUCCCUUAAAAUUUCUUUUGUGUUUUCUAAAGUCUGUUACAGGGGGAAACUGGAGAACCCAGGUGCAGACACAGAAACAGGAAGACAAGAGGAAAUUAGGAAAGGGCUUUAUUUAACAAAACAAGAGCUAAGACAAUACAAAAGGGAACCUGGAUUGAGGGAGAAAGCAAACCUAACUAAAUACAAAAUAUGCAAAAACGAAACUAACUAUUAAAUCCAACACUGAAGUCCAAAGGAAAAUCCCAACCACUAACAACAAGGAAAUACAGUACUCACAACCAGUCUAUGAUCCAGCAGAGUGUAAGUGAAUGCACAAGGCUUAAAUACCUGGAGGUGAGGUAGUGAGCAGGUGAGUUGAGUUAGCUGAUUACUGCAGCUGACAACCAUUGCAGUAAUCAGCAGGGAGAAUGCAGGCAGGUGAAGCAGGCAGCGCAAGGGGGCGAGUGAACAGGAAGAGAGAGACAGGAGGGGGAGAUGAUAGACAGAGGGAGCCAAAGAGAGAGGUCAGAACAGAAACAGAUCAGGAACAAUAGGAGAAGGAAGGAAAAAGAGGGAAAAGGAGGAAGAAGGGCAGAUGCAGAAGCAGAAGCAGGGAUCAUAACAAAGUCCUGCUCCAGUGAUUGAUUAAACCCCUAGAAAUGCAUCACUGUUGAUCAAAGUUGCAUCUUAAGAAGUUUUUUUUCUAUCAACAUUAUCUCUUAAUUUCUUAAAAUUACUGUGAUGUAACUCUGCACUUUUGCCUCUUUUUGAGUGUGGCUCUAUGAAGUCCCAGCAUACCUACAACUUUGCUCAAACAAUCUAAAAUUUCCCUGCUGUAUUAUUGGAGUAAUCUUCAAACUAAAAUGCAUUUCUCUGUGUUUCCUCAUUCCAGGGAACUACACGCUUCAUGUGCACAUCUCUAAUCAGUAUGACAACACCGUUGCAUCCAUGAAGAUAAAUGUCAGCCCUCUGUUAAAAAGCCUCCUCAUUUCUACUUCCACUUUAAUGCCCCUCGUCAAACAGACUGUCUAUCUGGAAGCUUCCAUCCAGCCCUCUGAUUUUGCAGUCUUCUACACAUGGGACUAUAAUGAUGGUUCCAGAACUGUUCAAAGCAACCAUUGUAAAGUCAGCCACAGUUUUGGAUCUGCAGGAGUUUACAACAUCACAGUAUAUGCCAGCAAUACUCUUACUUCUCUGACAGCCUGGCUUGUGGUGGUUGUAAUGGAGAAAAUCUCUGGAUUAACUGUCACCUACAACGGACCAAAUGAAGUAGGUUCUGCUAUACAUUUCAAAGCUAAGGCUGCCACUGGUACCAGUCUCAAAUGGGAUUUUGACUUUGGUGAUGGGUCUCUGCAGGAAAAUCUUACAGAUGGUUCUGUCUCCCACAUCUAUAAGUUUCCAAGGAACUAUACAGUAGAUGUAACUGUGUCUAAUUCUGUCAGCCAGGCUCAUCAGUCUGUCACUGUUGAGGUCUAUAGUUUGAUUGUUAGUGGAAUUUUCCCAAAAGAAUGCAUCAUGAGUGGAAAAAACACACAGUUUGUGGCUGUGGUAAAUGGAAACAUAUCCAGCUUGACCUUCCACUGGCUGUUCGGAGAGGAUUCUUCUUUGACUGUGGUGACAGGACAUUCGACAGCCAUGCAUACAUUUCCAAACUCUGGGAUUUUUCAUGUUAAUCUAACUGUAUUUAGCUCCAUUACAUCUGUGUCAUUUAGCACAGUUAUCUGUGUUGAGAGUCCAAUAACUAAUGUUGAGCUACAGUCAUCAAAAGAUGUAGUGACUGUUGGAGAAGAGGUGUGCUUCAGAGUGUUAGUUUCCCCCAAACAAAAGUCAGGCUACCAAUUUAAGUGGUUGAGCAAGUCAUCUGGGCUCGCUGCUAUGACAGAAAACCCUCAGAAGUGUUUUGUAUUUAGAGAUGAAUGUGUUGAAGAGGUGUCUGUAAUGGUGAGUAACAAAGUCAGCACCAGAACUUCCAAAGCUAUUAUCACCAUCCAAAAACCUGUGAGUAACUUCUCUGUUGUGCACAAUGGUCAAAGUGACACACUGACAGUCAAUACAUUAGCUUCCUUUUGGGUUUUGAGUUGCACCGGCAGCAAUGUGUCAGUGCUGUGGGACUUUGGAGAUGGAUCUCCAGUGGAGCAGAAGCACAACGUGUCACAUGUUUUUACCUCCACGGGUCAAUUCACAGUCACUGCCACAGCAUUUAAUGCUGUUAGUCAGGAUACAGCAACCGUGAAAGGGAACGUUUUACUCGCUGUUUCAGAUCUUUCACUUCAUACCAACCAUUCUUAUGCUGCAGUAGGAGAGGAAACUCUAAUCACAGCAAUUGGCAGUUCUCUUAGCAGCACAACCUAUGACUGGACAGUGGAAGGUAUAACUUCAUUCAAGCAGGGGACUCAUCAGUUUAGAUUUAUUUUCCCCAAACCAGGAGUAUAUCGAGUGAAGGUUAUAGCACAGAACUUAGUGAGAAGAAUGGAGGCCGCCAUCUUAAUUGAAGUCUUUGAAAGAAUAGACGGCCUGCAAAUUGAAUGUCAAAACCUGACAAAUGAGAAAUAUGUAUCAACCUUCGAGGACCUGCACUUUAUUGCUGCAGUCAUCAAAGGCUCCAAUGUCACUUAUCACUGGCUUGUUACACAAAACAAUGCAAAUCGACAAAUUACAGGCGAUGGAAAGCUUUUUCAUGCCUUAGCUGAAAGUCCUGGCAGUAUUUCAGUUCAGCUCAAAGCUUCUAAUAUCUUGGGGGAGGUCCACAGCAGUGUUUCUGUAGUGGCAGUAGAACGUGUAACAAAUGCACGCAUAGCAACAUUUUCAAAUGCUGUGGCAGUGGGAAAAUUAGUAAACAUCUCUGUGUUUGUGGAUACAGGAUCAGACCUGGAGUACUUUUGGUAUGUGAACACAGAUCUUUCACCCAUGCAGAGACAUGUACCCUUUCUUCUCCACACUUUCACAAGUCUGGGUCAGUGCUUUGUCACAGUUUCAGUUCAGAACUUUGUUAGCCAGAGUAAUGACACCAAGCAGUUUUUGGUUCAGGAAAAGGUACAAGGUCUGGACUUUCAAAUCAACAAUAGGAAACAUCCAUUUUACUUCAAUGCAAGUGCUGGUCUCUCUUUUCAUGGAAUCAUCCACAAGGGUAGUGAUCUGCACUGGGACUGGAAAGUUGGAACUGCCAAGCAGAAUCUAUUUACCUCAACCAGUCAAACCUUUAUCUACAGGUUUCCACAUGCAGGAAUCCACCAGGUGUAUUUGAAUGUUUCCAAUAGAAUAAGUUGGCAGAUGGUUUCACACAGUGUCACAGUCCAGGAAUCAAUCAAAGGUCUUCUGCUUAACAUUAGCAAGUCCUCUUUAUGCAUUGGGGAGCAAGUUACAGUUUUCCCAUCAAUCUCCAAAGGAAGCAAUGUAAGCUUUAAAAUAACAUUCCAAGACAAAGACUGGAUUCAUAGUCAGGAUAUUUCUAAAGGCCACAUUACCACAUCAAGCCUUCCAGUUGGGAAACACCAAGUUACAGUAAAAGCUUUGAAUCAGGUCAGUAGUGCCGAGGCAUCAUCUAACAUUAUAGUAAGUAAGAGUAUUCAAGGUUUGCAACUUGUAAACUGUUGUUCCACAACUUUAGAGGCUCUAAAAGGAAUCCAAUUCAAGGCCGAAGUUCAAAGUGGGUUUCCAGUUGACUAUACCUGGAUCUUUCACUUGGGGAGUUCUGAGCUUACAAAGCUCAUGGGACAGGAAGUUACCUUUACUCCACCAGAGAGUGGUUCAUUGUCUGUUAGUGUGCUAGCCAGCAAUGGAGUCUGCACCAAGACGAUAAAUGAUACUGUAACAGUUGAGUGGCCUGUUAAGAAAAUCAGCGUUGCCUGUCAUUCAGAGAAAAUAUUUGUUGGACAUGCUGUCAGGUUUUCUGCAACAGUGAAAGAAGGAAGCAAUGUCAGAUACCGCUGGGGCUUUGGAGAUUCUUCAGAAGUGUUGGUGACAGAGUCCAAUGCUGUCAAUCACACUUAUUAUUCUACUGGGAAAUACAGUGUUGUGGUCAAAGCACUCAACAAGGUCAGCCAUGUGUCCACACAGCUGCACAUGGCGGUGGAAGAGCUUCAGUGUUCAAACCCUCAGGCCUCCCUGCUCCAGAGAGAGUCUACUAUCUUCAAGUCUAGACCAAGUUUCUUUGAAGCAAGUGUGGACAUUAACUGCUCUGCUUACAAGACUACAUAUCUCUGGGAAAUUUUUAGAGAGUCAAAUGGCACCAAAGGCAACCCAGGCAAUAAAGUUGCUCUCAAAAGUCAAGAGGAUACAACUUCACCUUUUCUCUUUCUUCCAAAGCAUGCUCUUGAUGUGGGGCACUAUUUCCUAGUGUUUACAGUUUUUUUACAUGGAACUCCUCUCCUCAUCCAGCAGAAGGACAGCAUCACAGUGAUCCACUCCCCGUUAGUAGCCAUCAUCAAGGGAGGCUCCCACCGACUGUGGCCCAGCCUUAGUGAUCUCGUCCUGGACGGAUCAGAGUGUCAUGACCCUGAUAUGGAGCCAGGAGUAGAGGAUACCCUGCAGUAUCACUGGACCUGGAUGACAGCUAACUCCACAGAGUUUCCUCUUGUAAAGCAGCCCACUGGGAGUAUCAGCAGCAGGAUAACAGUACUCAACACUCAGCUGCACUCAGACACAGUUUACAUUUUUACUCUGACUGUGCACAAGAAAGGGAGAUCUGCCUCUGUCAACCAGACGGUAACCGUGACUGAAGCUCCAGUGCUUCCUGUGACGGUACAAUGUGUAUCUUGUUCUGUCCAAUCUCCCGCUACACAAAUCAGCUACAACACCCCUCUUGUCCUUGUUGGACAAUGUCAACAAUGUGACGACCAAGCUCAGUACAAAUGGAACGCUCGGGACCAGAGCGGCCUGACCCUUGAUCUUGAUGAAGCCACCACCUCUACAGGGAGAUAUUCUCAUUACUUAGUGGUGCGUUCAGGUGUCUUGCAUCCAGGGCGGACUUAUUCCUUUGCUCUUGAUGUAUCCCAGCCUGGCAGCGGGCAUUUCGGCAGCGCCAGCCAAAUGAUACAAUCCAACAGUCCACCACAUGGUGGCCAGUGUGAUCUGAGUCCAGAGUCAGAUAUACAUCUGCUGGAGACAGUGGUCACAUACAGCUGUUCAGGGUGGCGGCAACAUGACGAAAGUAUGGCCUCUCAGCUCAUCUUUACCUUCCAAGUGGCAUCAUGCCAGCACAUUAGCACUGUGUGCCCACUGCUUACUAUCUAUAGGGGUACUCGCUCAACAUUUAGCAGUCUGGUCCCAAUGGGAAGUCCUGGGGAGCAAAAGAACAUGUCAGUUAUUACUCUUGUUCUGCUGAUAGAAGACCAUCUGGGGGCAAAGGUCCUAGCUCUAAACAGAACACUGACUGUUGAAAAUCAUAAAAGUGAUGAAGUUGCCAGUCAGUGGCUCAGAAUCAAGAGUGAGACAGAACUGUGGGCUUUAGUCCAACAUGGCAACCCUCAGGAGAUCGUCCCUUAUUCCAUUGCACUUACCAGCAAGCUCAAUCAGAUGGAGUCUAAGUGGACUGCAGAGGAACUCAUGGACAGGAGGGAGAUCCGUGAAAAUGUGACCAAGGCUCUCACUUCUCUCCCUGUGUCCUCCUUGCUGGAUGUUGAUCAGAUCAGCUCAGCACUUUCACAAUCUACGGCAGUUCCCAGUGAGCUGAUAUGUGAGAGCUGUCAGGAGAGGAUUUUAGAAGCUGUGGAGAAGAUGAUCCAUGUUAUAGAGGAGCAGAUGAGUCCUGCUGUUUUACCAGCUGCUGACACAGGAAGAAACAUCCUUAGUGUUAUAGGUAGCACCCUGGUUGCGGUGUCUGAGUCAGUCAGUGCUUCCAGUUCUCACCCAGCCUACUCAAGCUCUCUGCAGGCGGCUUCAGUGAUCGCCUUGUCAGCGCUGAGCCAUGCUGGAGCCCUGAUGCGCGCCCUGCUGCAUUCUCGUGUACAUGAGGAGGUGCCACUUUCGCUCACCACCAACUACAUCCACACAGUUGGUUUCCAAGGAGACCCCUCUGACCUUCUUUGCACUCAUCAGUUAAACUGGUGCAGCCAACAACCUAUCACUUCCUCUCAUUCCUCAUCACCCAACAGAGAUAAAAGGUCUCACCCAUGCCAGUUUUACAUCCCUGCAUCACUUACUGCCCACCUGAAGAGUCAGAGAUCUGAGGUGGUGCAGGUGUUGUUUGAUGUUGAUGGAGCUCUGGAGUCCAACCCUUUGCUGACAGCGGCCAACUCUCUGAUCUCCACCACUCUGGUUGCCAUGGAGCUGACCACUCCACAAGGUGAACCCAUAUCCAUCCAGGAUCUGGAUCCUGAACAGGCCAUACGAGUCACCCUGCCCAACAAGUACCCUGUGGAACAGGGUGAUGGAGGAGAUGGGAGAGAAGGUGAAGUUGGGAAUGGGACAUGUCUUAUUGUGACACUCCCGCUUGAAGGAACGUUGAACUUCACAGUAAAAGCUCUGGAUGACCUGGAUGAAAAUGCGGGUUUAUAUAUCUCCUUCAACUUCAGCCUGGCUCCAGGCGCUACUUCAGUGAGCCUGGGACAUGUCAAGACAGAAGUGAGCUCUGCAGUGCCGAGGACUAAUGCCUCCCAGGGUUCCCUGGUGAGAGAGUGGGAUCUUACUCUUUCUGAUCUGGCCAGCUCCUCAGAGGAAACUAUUUUUCUGUCUCCACUUCUGAAUGGAACAGACCAGCCUCUGUCCGUCAACCUGACCUCCUCUGUGGUCGACGGCGGUCCUGUUCAUGUGUCAGUGUGUGUCUUCAGCUCUCUGUGCCAGUACUACAGUGUGAAGGAGAGGAGGUGGAACAGUGAUGGUCUGCAGCCACUGGAGGGAAGCACACUCCACACAGCCCACUGCCUCACCCAGCAUCUCACCAUGUUUGGAGCCAGUUUAUUUGUUCGUCCUGGGGCCGUCGUUCUGUUGCCACCGUCAGGAGGACCCAGGCGGAACAUGGUGGUAGGGAUUGUGUGUGCUGUUCUGGUUUUAAUUCACCUGCUGGUGGGGCUCAUUGCCCACAAACUGGACCACUUGGACAGCCUCAGACGAAGCCAGGUCCCUCUGUGCGGCCGGCCAGGUCUGUACCACUACAGAGUUCUGGUCAAGACUGGCAGGAAGCCAGGAGCAGGCACCACAGCCCAUGUUGGCAUCAGUCUGUAUGGUGUGAACAAGAGCGGCUCUCGCCAUCUGCAAAGGGAUGGAGCUUUUCAGCGUGGCAGCCUGGACCAGUUUCACAUGGAGACAGAUGACAACCUGGGAGAGGUUUGGAAAAUUCGGAUCUGGCACGAUAACACAGGUUUGGACCCAUCGUGGUAUGUUCAGCAUGUGGUGGUGUGGGACGCUCAGACAGACCACAUGUUCUUCUUUGUGCUGGAGGACUGGCUCUCUGUGGAGAACCAGAAGAACGGCACACUGGAGAAGGAAAUUCUAGCCUCAUGUCCAGAGGAGCUCACUCAUUUUGGACGGGUACUCACCUCCCAGCUCAUGUUUGGGAUGGUGGAGCACCACCUGUGGCUGUCGCUGUGGGAACGUCCAGCUCAUGGCUCCUUCACCAGAGGUCAGAGGGUCACCUGCAGCGCCCUCCUGCUGCACCUCUACCUGGCACUGGGUGCUCUGUGGUACGGAGCUAUCAGCACCGAAGGGCACAGUGGGCCGGUGUCAUCCCAUCUGCUGGUUAACAUAGAGACGGUUGCUGUGGGGAUGACUGUUGCCAUGCUGGUGUUUCCUCUUCAGUGUUUCCUCUGUUUCCUAUUUAGGAAAGCUCACAGUCAGGUAACCGUGGACAUGUCAGUUCCUCCCUCUCCGGUGUGUCAGUCUGUGGAGAUGGACGUCUACCUCGGCCAGUCGAAGCUCUCUGGUCCUUCCUUUCUGUCUCUACCAGAUUCAUCUGGUCCAGUCCGAGACAGUCCUUCAUCUUUGCUGGAGAGCAAAGCGUUAAACUCUAGCAUCCUGGACUUCUGGGCUACCUCUGGCUUGGCACCCCAAACAGAUGGAAACAGCCUCCUCAAUCUACCGGCAGGUUCACUAUCCACAAAGACAACCCUUUCCCCCAGCCUCUGCAAGUCUUCACCUAUGCAGGGCCCUGGACGCCAGCUAAGACGGAAAAAGGCAUUAAUGCAGCUCCACCUGACCUCACCCGUCUCCCCUGUCUCUCUUUUCUCUUCCUCUUGCACACUUUCCCACACUGAAGACAUUUCUAGUUCUCACAUCUUUUCUGCUGAAUCAGGCCGGAAGUCUCUUAAUCUGAACCCCAACCCAGUUCAAGUUUACAACCACAAUCUGACCACACUUCUGACUCUAUCUGAGGAAGAUCUGCUAAUGUCUAUAGCAGCAGCAGAAGACACAGCAGAUGCAGUCAACAGCAACUCAGACAGUGGCCGGGACUCCCCUAGAACCACGUCGUCAUUCUCAACUACCACCUCCUGCAGCAGCUGGUCAGAGCAGAGUGAGGGUAAAUCGCUGUGUGGAGCAGAGAUCCGUAAACCGGAGCUUCAGUCCUACCCCUGGCUGUGCAGGGUAGGGCUCUAUAAGCGUCCGUCUGUGAUUUCUGUGGAUUCAGUGGCCAGCACCUUCCUGCCAAGUCCUUCUCCUGACUCCACUCGUGCCUCCUCUACAACACGCAUAGGUGUUGCUCGCUGUCAGCCCACCAAGCAGCUCCCUCCCUGGGCCCUGUGUGCGAUUUACCCUCUGGUGGCUGUGCUGCUGGGAGCCUGUCUGGCAGUGGUGGGGCUCUAUGGAAGUUUCUUUUCCAGAACGGUAGUACUCAUGUGGCUGAUAUCUGCUCUCUCUGCCUUUCUCACCUCUGCUUUGCUGCUGGAACCUCUCAAGGUGUGUGCGCAGGCCUUGAUCAACACAGUGGUGUGGAGGCCGGUGGAUCCAGAGGUGGAGGAGCAGCUGGCUCAGGAGGCCACUGUGGUAAGGGCAUUCGGAGAGCAUAGUGGAAAGGUUCAACCUCCAUGUGGAUACGGGCUACUGCAGGCAAAAGAGGAAGCCCGCAAAGUCCGAGCUCUGCAGGCACUCAUGAGGCACUGUGUGUGCCAGCUGUUGUUUCUGUUGCUGUUGCUGAUGGUGAACUACCAGGACAGGAUGGAGCAGAGGCAGGGUCGGCUGCUGCACUCUGCUGCCAGAAGACGUCUUCACACAGCACCCUUGGGCUUCCCUAGCCUCACCUCACUCAGAGACUGGUCAGAUGCACAGCAGUGGAUCAGUCACACCUUGGUGCCACACCUCCAUCAAAACCCCACCUUGCUCCUUGUAGGGUUACCACAGCUGCAGUACACAGAUACACAAGGUCCCCAGGCAGUGGACCUUCUGGGAAACAACAGUGUAACAACACUACAACUCCUAGCCGCCACAUGGCGCAUGGCAGGGAAUAGCAAGGAGCAGUUGAAAUCUCUCUCCAUAGACUUCACCCACUACCACAGAGAGUCUAGUUUAUUUAUAAUUGUGUCUGUACAACUAGCGUGGGCUCGGACACAAGGGGUCACUCCCUUCCUCUUCAUCCAUCCUCUCCUCAUCCCUUCAUCCAUCUCAGGAUUGGACCUUCAGGUGGUGCUCACGAUUCUUCUUCUCCUCUCUGCGCUUAUCAUCUUCUUUGGGGAACUGUGGUCUAUGGCAACUGAGUGUGCUCAGUAUCUGUGUCAGUUCCAUCACUGGUUCCAACUCCUCCUGGCCUUCUUAUCACUGACAACAGCUAUGCUGCAGCUCUGCUUCCUGUCUAUUUCCUCUUCAUGCCUUUCCAAGCUGCGUUCCCAUCCAGACAGCUUCAUCCACUUCCACAGUGCAGCACUUCUGGCACUAACAUCUUCUCAGUGUGCUGCUGUCCUGCUCACUCUGCUGGUUUUAAAGCUGCUGGGAACCUUGAGGUUUGUGCGGAGGUGGGUGGUGAUAGGCAGAGUGCUGCAGAGAGCCUGGAGGGAGCUGUGGGCUCUGACUGUCCUAGUACUGCUGCUGUUGCUGCUCUGCACUCACCUCGGAUACACACUUUUUUCCAGGUCAGUGGAAGGUUUUGUGUCUAUACAUCAGGCCGGUGUCUCAUUGCUGUCAAUCCUUCGUGGCCACAUGUUGCUCCAGAAACUGUGCAGGGUCCACCCAGUCCUAGGUCCUCUCUAUGGGCUACUGCUGAUUGGUGGAGGUCUGUGGCUCAUGGCCCGAUUCUGUGGAGCAGUCCUUAUUUCUACAUACAGGGCAGAGCAGGCUGAGUUAUUUCAUCCAGCCAUUGACCCUCAGGACUAUGAAAUGGUGGAGUUCUUUAUCAAAAGACUGAAGCUGUGGAUGGGACUCACCAAAGCUAAACAGUUCAGACACAGGGUGAAGUUUGAAGACAUGGAAAUCCCUCCUUCUCAGUCUUCACAGGAGUCUCGUCUCUCCACCUUGUCUUCUACCCUACCUUCUUCCUGCUCCCCUUCUCUGUUCUCCCCAUUUUCAUCUCCUCGUCCUCUGUCCUCAGCUCUUUCCAUUAGAUCUGAGUACUUGUCCGUGUCCAGUGCUGGCUUUGAAGUCCAGCCUUACCUGGACAACCUAUUGUCCUGCAUUAAUGGUCUGCUGUCUCAAUUUGAUCGGGUCAAUCAGAUAACUGAAGACAUUCACAACCUGGAAAUUAAACUACAGCAGGUGCAGGCCAGGAGAAGGAAAGCAUGGAUAAAAAACAAAGAGGAAAAUGAAGGAAUAUUUGGAGAGUUGGGGAAACCAAAGGCACCAGAUGAAAGGAGGAUAAUGACAGAAGUUAGACCCAGGAAAAUAGGUCUUCUUUUCCCCAGGCCACGAGUCUCCCUUCCAUCCUCAUUUUCAUUCACUCCCUCCACAUUUCAGUCCUCUGCUGCACCAAUUUGCAUUUUUCCACGUACACGCAACUCCUACUCUGAGUCUGAGUCAGUAUCAUUUCAGUCUCAGCCAUUCAGCGAAGCACAUUCAUCCGAAGCUGCCAAGCUUGCACUUGGAAACUUUGGGUUGUGUGCAGGUUCUCCUGGGUUCGGCAGGUUCCCCAGAAGAAGAGCGUGGUAUUCUGGGAGCUCUCAUUCAGCUGAUGCUGCACAGAGGGUCUUCCAGCUACCAGGAGCGGUUUUAUGUAGAAAUGGUGGAGAAAAUGUAGCAUUCACAAACGCCAGACCCAGAAGUGAAGAGGGGGAAAGAAGGCAAAUAAGUGAUGGACUUCCGGUGAAGAGGAAGGCUUGGAUUUCUGAAGGACCACAGACUGAGUAAGACACAUGCAGUGUGAACACUGCUUAAUCUGAAUGAAUCUGGUUGGCAACAGAGGCACUGACUUGCAGCUACAAAGUGUGAAACAGCUGGACUGUUUUUGUUACUUGUUUAACACUGCAUAAUGUAACACUGUUCCAAUGAGUGGACAGACUGCACUGUGUUAACAGGUGCUCUUCAGGCAAAAUGAAGUGGGCGCUAUUGUAUUUUACACAUGGAGAUAAGUUUAGUCAUUACAAAGGGUACAACUCCUUCUUGGGUUCUGUUUUUUUGACAAGACUGAAAUAAAAAAGAACAAAAAAACACUGAUGACAUAGAAAGGGAGAUUGAAACACUCUUUCCUACCACAUUCUGAACUCAUUCAUAAGAAACCAUUUCAAGUUCUUAGGGUAGUCUUUACUACCAUUUAUUUUUUUAAAACCUUACAAUAUUAUCUAAUACACUUACCAUACAAUUAUAUUUCUUAUGACAAGAGACACUGUAAAUGUUUUGCUCCCCAGAGAAAGAAGAUAUGCAUCCAUUUGGCCCAGAAGUUGGUGUAUGUUUAAUGUUUUCAUAUUUUUCCUCCAAACACACACAAUAAACAUUUUUCUAUAGCA